AAAAGAAGCGAGCCUUGGGAGGGAAACUCAUUGAAAGAUCUAAUCUUUCACUUUCACGCCUUUUACUGUUUUUCUAAGGGAGAAUCGGCGACCCAAAAUUUUUCCUUUUACAAAAAAUGGCCCAAACCGAAACCCUAGGAAUCAUCCAAGACAUCGAAACCCUUGUCUCCGAUCAACUUCAAGUGGUUUCCUACAAGUGGCUGAGUCGAAAUUAUUUGGUGUCUUCGAAUGCUGCAAAGAGGUUACUCCAGGAGUUUGUUGAAAAGCAUGAAAAUGGGUUCGAAGUGGUAUAUGUUUUGGCUGGCUGGUUGAAGAGCGAUCCUUCAAGCUACCAUAUAAGGCUUGUUUCUGGGCCUAAGCUUACAGAAGCAAAAGAAGAAUUUGAUGGCAACUGCUCAGUCGAGGUUUAUAGUGUGCAAGCUUGCAUCCCAAAGGAUCCAGCUGCACUGUGGAAUGCUGAAUUUGUGCAAGCAGAGGAGCUCUUUAAGCAGGCUCUUACGGUUGAGAAUUGCUUGAGAGAUAACAGGUUUGGUGGGAUUUCCAAUUCCUUUGUUAAGCGUAAUGUGGAUGGAGCGCCAUUAAGCACUGAAUCUCCGCAACUUAAAUCUAAAGCAGUAAUAGGGCGAUCAGAAAUUAAUUUACAGGCUACCAAUGUGGUCAGAGAUGUCCAGAAUAAAGGACAGCAAUCUAGCCCAAAAGUUGGUUUACAGGCUACCAAUGUGGUAAAAGAUGUCAAAACUGAAAGUAAUGGAACAAGAGUUUUUGAUCAGGCUAACAAACCUCCUGCAGCUAAAGAAAAAGUUCCUCCUGUGCCUAUGAACAAAACGAAACUCCAGAAUGAGAAAAGCUCUUCUGCUUCUGGAGGUUCAUUGGCAAAUUUCUGGGGCCGGGCAUCUGUGAAGUCAAAGUCAGAUGCUCCAGAGAAAAAUAAUACUUCCAUUCCUGAUCAUACUGGAGCUAGUGCAAAUCCUCAAACUUGUGCUCAAGAAGCAGUAGCGGGUGUCAGCAGUGACGAUGAUGGUCAACAAGUCAAUUUUAAGAGAUCAUCCAAUGGCGAAGGCACUAGGAAAAGGAGGGUUGUCUUUGAUUUCUCAGAUGAUGACGAAGAUGCAGUUAAUUUAGCAUCACUGGAGAAUCCAAAAGGGCAAUCAUGUCUAGAUCUGAAAGAAAGCAGCAAAGUUAUGGUUCCAGAGAGAACCAAUUUGAAUUUUGACGAGCAAGUAGAAGAUAAUCCCAAGGUUAAGGAAGAAAUAUCUGUUGAUGGGGAAUCUAACGAACCUUCCAGAGAAGAUUCUUCAGUUGUCAGGAAAGUGAUAGAUGCUGGGAUUAUCCUUAAAGAGAAGCCUAUUCCCGAACAAAAUGUGAACAAAAUGGAUAAACCCACCAACGCUGCUUCAAGUUCACCUAAAAGAAGAAAAGUUAUGAAGACGGUGAUUGAUGAACGAGGAAGAGAAGUGACUGAAGUAAUCUGGGAGGGUGAGGAGACAGAAGCAAAGAAAGCCGACAGUGGUGUAAUCAAGAAAGCCGGCAGUGAUAUAAUCAACAAAGACGACAGUGAUAUAAUCAAGAAAUCUGAUAAUAAAGCUCCCAGUGCGGUUAACAAGCUGCCUGCAGCUAAGAAGUCAGUGGGAACUCCGACAAAUGCAACUGGGAAAGCAGGAAACAAGAAAGGAGUAAACAAGGAUCCUAAGCAAGGAAAUAUUCUUUCAUUCUUCAAGAAGGUCUAGAGGCCUUUUUAAAAGCUCAAGUACCCUGCAGGAGUGUUUGACUAUGUGGUCCCUUUGGGUAAUAUAGGUUUUCGAGUUGGCUAGAUCUCACCUUUCUUUGCGGUCUAGGGGGACGGGAUUGGGGUGGGGGUGCAUUGCUCUCGCAUCUUGUUCUAUUUUUAAAGCCGACGGAAGGGAGGGUGCUUGUUUUCCUUCACUGCUGCUAAUUUUAGGCUCGGAUGUGUAUAUUAUCUUCUCUCAGACUUGCACUUGAUCCAGCAUAUUAAAUGUACUGUCACAAUUUAUUUUUGUAGUAGCAGAGUGCAGACGCUGGGCCAUUUUGAUCGGAUAACCUGAUUAAACUACUUUGAA